UUCUACUUUGAUCGACCGCCAAGGCAGCUCAUGUAUAGAGAUGAGAGAUUUGCAAUAUCGCUAUCAGUUUGUUGGACUGAUAAGCUCUUGCUUCCUUGUCCGCUUUCUUUGAGCAGUAAACAAAUGUAAACCAAAAAAGAUGAGCAGUGUUGAUAUUAUCUUUCGUUCUCACAACUUUCUGCCGGGAAAGUGGUCGAUUGUGUGCGUCGGUUUUCGACUAUAGACGAUACUCAUGGAGACAUGGCCACCAGCUGCAACGAGUAACUCGCUGGAGGCACAAAUAAGGAAGUGGUGCUACACGAUGAGCAAAAUCAAAACUGAAACGAUGGAUCACAUCCCCGGUCUUGGGACAUGCGAGUGCUUGCGCAUGGAGCGCAGACUACGAUCGCAGAGUAGCAGCAAGACCGUGCGUCACGGCUGAUUUUCUUCUUUUCCGAUAGAAGCGAGGCUUUUUGUUUUUCAGCUGUGAGGAGCAUCCGCAGCACCUCCAAAACAUAGUAGACGACCUUUCGUAGAGGCUGCUUCGCCGUGGCGGAAAGCUUUCGUCACAGAUAUAUUAUAGAGUUUGUUAUUUAGGAUAGCCUCAACUUGUUGAUGAUUCUGCUUCUGAAAUAAUACAUUGUUUGAGGAUCUGGGCACGUACUUACUCAGACAACGAACAAACAAAACAGUCAGGGCUGAGACCAGCGCAGAGCGACUCACGAUAGAGAGACGCGCAUGAGAAUCGACCAGAUCGAUUAAUCGGUAAGAAACCGAGGGCGGGUCGGUAGUGUUCUGUCAUUUUUUUGGUAGUGUCACCCGGACAGGCUGAUCGCGUCGGGCUUGGGUGGAGCUUCAGCUCCGCCCCUUCUGUGCGUGUGAAGCUUGCUGCGGGCGCGCGUGUGGGCUAUCUGCUCUCCCAGAGAAUGGGGGCGGGCUUGGGCGUCUGGUCAGUCUCUCUCCUUGAUUGUGGCUGGGGUGCCGCGUCGGUCGGUGUGUUCGUUACUCACUGCGUGCGCGUCGGUUGAGCAGUUGCCAGGCCCGCUGACUGCGUCCACGGGUGUGGGUCGCGCUACGUACCUACUUUCUUACUACCAAGCUAGGGAGGUGGGUACGUAGCCAGCCGGCUAAGCUUUCCCGGCGUUGUUGGUUUGCUUGGUGUUUGUUGGUCGGCUUUCUGAGAGAGUCCGCUGACCGUUGUGUCUGUUUUGCGCUCUGAGUUAGCACGUUGCCGCUGGUGUCUCUGAAAGUAAGGCGAAGAGCCCUGAGUCGCGGACAGGCUGUCAGGCUGACCGUCGGCCAGCCUUGCUCGCUGCUUUUCUUCUUGUUUUGUCUCUUUGGAACGAAGAAGACAGAGGGCCCAGCUUGUUAAGAUAGAAGCAAGCUAGCGCAUGGGCCUGCUAGCUUCGUUCCUCCCUUGGUGUGCGUCGGUCUGUCUAUCACUCAGCGCCGCGUCGGCUCGUUUGCUUUGGGGUGUUUCUUUGCUUUGGUUUACUUCUUUGGCGAUGGAUGUUCAUUAUCUGUCGGCGCUGAUUCUUUCACGCAUUCACUGCAACGCGUGCAAGGAGGACGGGCCCCGCGCUGGCUUGUUAGUUCGUCUGCUUGGGUUUCGAGGGGGUUUCUUCGUCUGCCGUUUCUUGGUUCACGUUCAAAGCCAAGCAGAAGGAUAGAUGGGCCCAUCGCUUGGGUUCAUGUUUCGAGUGUUUGGGCAUACUAUGCGUGGCCCCUCUGCGCCUCCUGUGUUUGUUUGCUAUCUCUGUAUCAGACAGAUACCCACAGGACAGAGCCAAUCGAUCUGGCGACGGGUCUGCCGGCUCGAAGUUUGCUUGUUUUGCAUGUCUGUCUUGGUUUCGAAUAUUUGGCUAUGCGUCGACGAGUCUGUCGGCUAGACGUUUGCUUGUUUUGCAUGUCUUUCUCUGUUUCGAAUAUUUGGCUAUGCGUCGACAAGUCUGUCGGCUGGACGUUUGCUUGUUUUGCAUGUCUCUCUUGGCGUCGAAUAUUUGGCUAUGCGUCGACGAGUCUGUCGGCUGGACGUUUGCUUGUUUUGCAUGUCUCUCUUGGCGUCGAAUAUUUAGCUAUAUGCCGACGGGUCUGCCGGCUAGACGUUUGCUUGUUUUGCAUGUCUUUCUCUGUUUCGAAUAUUUGGCUAUAUGUCGAGCGACGCGUCUGGCGGUUCGUUGCCGUUUGCGGGUUUUGUGUGUUCUAUCUUCUCUUUUUGGAAUCUUUGAGGAUACAGCGGGCGGGUCUGGCGCUUGGCUGUUUGUAUCUGUGUGGGCUUUUUCGCUAGUUAUGGGCGUGUUUGUGCAGCUACUUACAUUCAGAGCCAGCCUGCCCGCACGGCGGGCGGGGUCGGCUUCCUUGCUUGUUUCUUUUCUGCUUGCUUCGGUUUCUUACUUUGCCUUGGUUGUCCUUUUAUUUCGUCAGGAUUUAUUUUAUUUAGGUUAAGCUAGCUAGGGGCGCAGAUUGAUAGCGCGCGCGUAGCGUAGCGUCUGCGUGCGUGGCUCGGGCGGGGUUAGUUACUUACUUCCUGAGUUCUUUUUUUCUUGGCGAAGCUUGCUGGUCGCUCGCUGCCGGGUGUGUGUGGGAUUCGUUGUCUGAUAGAGUGCGUGGCGAGGCUUCGGCGGUGUUCAGCCAGUCUGUCGGCGAUCGCUGGCUUGUGAGCUGUGUGGGGACGGUAUGUCUGUAAGUUAGUAUGGAGCUCGCCUGGGCUCAGUCAUGCACUGGCAGAGAGACUGGCGGAGGCGGUGCGCUGUGUCUGUUGGUUCUUUGCUUCUAUCUUGCGCUGGGUCUUGCUUUGGCUGACUGUGCCAUAGUUGGUUUGUUUGUUAGUUCUGUCUUUUUCGUGGUUUGUUGGGCAUCUAAUGCCAUGCGUCAGUCGAUCCACCGGGGGCGGGGGGGUCUUUCUAUCUUUCUUUGGCUUUGUUUGUUGUGUAUUCGGUGCCCAAGUUCAGUCAGCUGGGAUGCGUGGGCAAUCAGUCUUCCUUCCGUCCUUGCCUCCUUGCUUGUCACUUAGUUUGUUAGUUACAUUCGUGCUUUCUUUCUAUCAAUCUACUCACUACCGCAAGGACUUCUUAGAAUGAAAGAGCAAGCCUGCGCCGAUCUUUGUGGCUUUGUUCCGUUCUUUCUCUCAGUUUUUUCGGCGAGUGAGUCAGGCUGGCGGCCGCUCAGCCCAGAGAGAGCGAAACGCGUAGGCACGCACGGCGCUCCCUCGCGCGCUGCGUCUCUCUCUCUUAGUUUGUCUGUGAAUGUGCGCGCCUCGCUUGGAACUUUCAAGGAGCGAGCGACGGAGCCGGGGUCGAUGGACACUGUGACAGACUGCCCUGGGCACAGAGAAAAAAGGGAAGCACCUGGAGGAGCUGGCAGCCACUGACGCGUGGGCAGGGCUUGGGCCUCAUGCGUCCACCGCUGCGCUGGCUUUUGUUUCAUUCUCUGCAUGUUCGUUCGCUUCUUUCGCUCGUCUUUUCUAUCUCUCUUGCUCAAACCAAAGCUAGCGCGCCGGGCCUUUCUGCCUUGUGUUCUUCCUUCUGUCUCUCUGUCUGUCGAUUCAUUCAUUCACUGUCUGAGCGCGGGCGAGGGAGUGUGUGAGUGAGUGGGUAUUUAUAUAUUAGUGAGAUUGAUUGAUGGGUCGGCCGAGGGGCUCGCUGUCUUGUUUGUUCGUUGUGGAAAAUUCGCAGAGACUCAAAGAGCGCGCUUCUCUAUGUAACUAUAUAUCGACGGACUGCUACCAACCUUCCUAGCAAAGCGGAGCAGGGUGGGAGGCCGAUAGCUAGGCAAGGCUGCGCUGUGUGCGUCUGUCUCUUUGUGGGUAGCUGCUACCUAGCUACCUGGGGGGGUGGUUGUUUGAGUGUAGUGUCUGUGAGUCAGUCUCCCUGUGGUAGGUUGGUGAGCGGCGGCGGGCCAAACUACCUAGCAAGGUGCAGGGGCUCAAGUCGCUCAACGAACCAUCCAAGAAAGAAGGCAAGGCGCCUGCCCUCUCUUCCUCUCUGUCUCUCUCUCUCUCUCGCUCUCACUCUCUUUCAGAAUGAAAGUAAGAAAUUAAAAGGGCUGGCGUACUCACUUUCUUCGACUAAGAGAAGAAGGCCCACGCCUGUGCCUGCCUUCGUGUUUCUUUGUACUGUAGGUUCCAAGCCGUUCGCUGGGAGCAGCGAGCAGCCUGCAGGCUACUAAUAAGCUUCAUGAGCUCCCUAGUUAUUAAUUUAUAGCUAGCGCGUGUGUGUGAGCUCGCUGCGAGGGAGAGAGUGUCGCGUGCUCACUCUUUUGAUCCAUCUGAACCUCCGGGAAGGAAGUUGCGGAGGGCUUCGCAUCUAUUGCCUAGCAGCCUCUCCCAUUCUGGGGAGCUAGCUUGGCGCGCAGGCUGGGCCGAUUCUUUUAUUCACUCAUUGACUCUGUCACUUAGUUACUCAUUGUUUGUGUCAGUCUAUCUUAUAUAUUGCCUGCUUGGUUGUUGGUAGCAGCUCACUUGACCUGGGUGGUAGGGUGGGGGGGUUUCUUUGCUAGCAAGGUGACGGACUAGCGGCGGAGGGCGUAGGCGUGUGCGGUCUCUCUCUGCUCUCUCUCAAUGCAAGCGCCCGGCAGUCGUGGGGCUUCCGCUUCGGCGCUGCGUGGGUAACUGGGUGAAGGCGUUGGUUCGCUGUCUCUCUGUCGACGCACUUGCUCGGCUUCGCCUUGCUCAGGCGGGUGGCUUGUGUUGUCUGCGUGGGCCAAGGGAUGGCGGACGCGUUGCUUGGCGCUUUGUUCCCUCUCACUCUCCUGGCCCCCGUGUGGGUCCCUCCGUCCGUUGCAAGCAUGGGAGGGACGGAUGCCAGCCACCUGCGUGCUUGGCUGGCAGUCUGUUGAGCUGGCUCAAGCGCGGAGGCUGUCGGGGGGUGUGUGUAAUUUCUCCUGUGGGCUUUCUUACAUACUCAGGCCCUGCGGAGGCUGGUGGCUAAGUAUGUAUGUAAGUAAGAAAGUAACUAACUAAGUAACUUACUUCCAUUCAGUCUCUCUGUCUCCCUCGGAGACACUCUGACUGUCUCAGCUCUGAGUGGGCCACCGUUGUCAGCGUCAGCGGAUGGCCCCCCGCCUGCCGCACCGACGGGGGCAGCUUUGUGCCUGUUUGUUAGUUUCCGGGCGUGCCUCAUGCAGCACCCCCCUGUCAGUCCACGCGCACCGGCCUGGCUUCGAUGGAAAGUAAGACCGACGGACCAGCGACCUUGCCUGGUGGGCAGUCAUUUUAGGAAUAGAGAGGCGGCCACUUAGAUAAGGACCCGCGUGCCUAAGAAAGCGCGGGUCGCUGAGCGAGGUCGGCCCGCUCUCUCUGUCUCUCUCAGCUUGCUCGCGAUGAAUGUCGUCAGUCAGACAAACAAUGGGUGCGCGUGCGUUUAUUUGUUUCUUCAUCCAUCGGUGGCGCGUGCUCUGCUCUGCAGGUGGUGCGCGUCCGUGUGCGUGCGUGGUGUGAGUAUUCAUUGUCGCGGCUGGAUGCUCGUGGCGUGGGGGGGCCGGCGUGCGUGCCAGCCUGCGCGGCGAUGUGUCACGCACAGGCUCGCUCGCUUGGCAUCUAUAUGCACUCGCCAACUCUGCGCCUGAGGUCGUGCGCCUGUCACUCAGUCAGUCAGACUUCUCCCUCUUCUCCCUCGGGUUCGAGGGAGUAGCGGAGGGAAGGCUUCCUUGGGACCGAUGGGGCCUGGUCGGUGCUAUGAAUCGGACCGGCGUGCGUUGCUUGGCUGGGCUGAGUCUGUCACGCAGUGGCCGACGGGUGGGCGCCACUGGGAGGCAGGGCCAAAGGCUUGGCAGGCUGAGGGAGACACGGAACGAAGGAUGGCUGCCUGUGGAUGGGCUGGCCUGAGAUAACAAAAUAGAGGGGCGGGCACGUGCCAGCCUGGUCGCAGUACUUACGUACAUUCAUAGAAGGAACGAAGGAAGCCGCUGGACUCCAACUGGGUGCCGAACGAAGGAAGGAGAGGACGCGCGCAAGCAGGGCCAGAGCCCAUGGCCCGCCUGGCUUACUUACUUAGAACCAACUGGGGGCCGGCAGCUGUCUGAGUUCCGUCCGUCAGCCUUGCUGUCGUUCUUUGCUUGUCAGUCUAUCAACCUCGGAGGGGCUCUUGCAGUCAGGGCCGGGGUCACUUUGUUUCUGCGUGUAGGGCUAGCAAGCUUGUCGGCUUGCGGCGUCGGUCUCUUUGAUUCGCUUACUGAGUGGGUGCGGGCUCACUCUCUUCAAGAGUCUGGACUGAGGGCCGAGAUUUCCGCGACGAAGGGAGCGCGCCGGGCUUGCUUUGUUCUGAACGGUUAUUGUAAAUAUGUAUGUCUUCGCUAUUGAUGACAGCUGGGGGCUUGCGUUGGUUCUGUUAGUCUUUCUCAGCAGGGAAAAAAACUGAGCCAGGCGCGGCUGCUUGCAGCGGUCGGGCCUGCUGUGAGUGUGCCAGCCUCCUUGCUUGCUUGCUUUGUUUCGUGUGUUGGUUUCUGUGUGGCUUCGCUCUGUCUCUUUGUGCUGCGGCGCGCUUGGUUUCAUGCUUCCCCCUGCGCCGUCGGUUGCUAGCCAGCGGCUCUCUACCUAGUAAGUUAGGUUAGAUAGUAAGUUAAUAGACACACACUCACAGAACGAAGGCGCCAAGCAAUCAAAGCGACCGAGCCAGAGGGCUCGGCGCGUGCUUAGUGAAAAAAAUUCAUCGCGCAUCUCUUUGCUAGCUUGCUUCGAGGUUAGAUUCUUGCGGAUUUAUGAAGCAGGCAUAUUCUUUCCAUCAAACUAACCAAACCAGGUUGUGCCGCUUGCCAGCUUUGGCUGAAGCUGGCUCGCGAGGCUGCGUGAGGAAUAGACUUGCAGGGCGUGCUUAUUUUGCUGGUGGUCUUUGAUUUUGUUUCUUUCUUUCGCCAGCCAAUUUCUUCGCGAGCAGAGAAGGAACCAACGACACGGAGGGCCGCCUGGGGCUGCUCUUGGCUUUUGCAGGUAUUUUCUGUCGUUGUUCGUUGGUAGUAGAAAGGGGCUUGCGAAUAUGUGCGCAGCGAUGGCGAGGCCCUAAGUAAGGGCUACGGGCUUGCUUGCUUCCUUGACUGACGCAGCGGAGAAAGCCUGUCCCGAACGAAGGGACGGAAGCAAGGAGGCGCACACACUGCGCGCGAGCACGCAGCCAGCGAAGGACAGGGCCGGCUGCGCUUGCCGUCUGCGUCUUCGCGUCCGUUGUGGCUCUGUGUGUGGUCUUCUGUCUCCUUCGCUCCCUCGAGCAGGGGGCCGCGCUUGCUUUGAGUGAAGGACCUGCGGAGGGAAGGGCUUGCUCGUUGUGGGUCUUUCUCUCUCUCAAACAGGGCGCGCGCUUUUCUUGAGCUUGAGGAGGAUCGAUGGAGGUGGAGGGCUUGCCAGCCUGCAGCAGGAGGCUGCUCGCGCUUGCUUUCCUUCGAGAAUGCGGAGCGGUGCGGGCUUGCUGCUCUUGCUUCUUUGAAGCUCGUUGCUUGGCAAACUGAGUGGCUCUGUCGGUUCCUCGAGUUUAGUUAAGUCAUUACAUGACUGAAAGGAUGGACGGGGCGCGCGAAUGGAGACUCGUCGAACGAUAGGGAGGCGCUGCCUGGCGGGCCGGUAGCUAGCUUGGCGACCGAAGAAGGUGGCAAAGAUGAAGACGCUGGCGAAGAUUUAAUUACUUCGCGGAACUUGCGCUGGCUCUAUCUUGCCUCCCUGCGCGCAGCCAGGUCACUGCAGUCGGGCAAGCUGGUGGCGGGCUGGCCUUUGUCUGUCGGGUCGCGCAACGAGCUCGCCGCCAAGACUUGACUCUCUCGGGCGCGUUUUUAUUUUCAAGGAAGCGGAGGCGGCGGGUGAGACGUUGGCCGCUGCGCCGGAAGUUCACUCUUUUAAUUGCAGCGCCGGACGAACCAGCGAGGAACGCUCCAAAGGAGCAGCGGCGCGGUCUGUCAGUGCGGAGGAAGUGAGGCGGCGAACGGGCUGGCAUCUGCCCGCGCUUGCCGUUGGUGGUGCGAACGAGUCGCGACGGAACCAACGAAGCGCAAGCAUGUCGCUGGCGGAGGAGCGUCUUAGCUCGCUGGCGCUGUCUUUCUUGCUUCCUAAGCGCUGCUGUGUUUGUAUAUUAUAUAUAUAUCGGGGACGGGGAGGGCCGGCGCCAGCUUGCUUGACGGAGGGGGCUGCCUCCUCGCCUUGCUCAGCGAGUCUAUUACAUUCGUACUCACUGACCCGCCCAAUGGGCUCCGCCGCCAAGGCAAGCCGCCUGCCUCCAUUGAUUCAUUGUUUGCGUGCGUGCUAGCUUGGCAGUCGGCUUCGGCCGCUGGGCUUCCUUGUUAGUUCUUUCAGGUCCGUCGCUCGGUCUGUCUCUCUGUCGGCGGCGCUGGUUGGCUCGCUUUCUUUGUGCAGCUGCGCGCGUUCGCUGCGUGCGUGCCCAGACUCUGGCAGGCAGAGCGAGGGCGUGGGUGAGUCUGUCUGUCAGUGGGUGGGGCCUCCUUGGUUGUUGGUUCUUUCGAUCGUUCGCUGGCUGCGUGGGGUCGGUCUGUCAGUUUGUCGUUUGUUAGUUUCAGAAACCUUCUUUCAUUCUUUCAUCGGGGCGAGUCAGUCUGUGUGUCGCGUUGGGGUGCGGGUCGGUAGGUUGGUUUGUUCCAAGCCAUUGAUUGAGUGAUCCAAAGGGGGGCGUGGCUCAGAGUCGGUGAGACAUCCCGCGUGCUUGCCAGGCGUUGAAAGCAACAUACAUACUCGCAGUAGCAAUGUUUUCAUUGACUUGCGAGGCGCGUGGGUCGUUGGCGCAUACUUUAAGUAACUUAGCGCUAGCUUGCUUGUCAGGGUGUCCGUUUUUCUAACUAUCUAUCAGUGUGUCUUACUUUGUUAUCAAUUUGUGCGUCUACGCAUCUAUCUCAGCAUGUUCAAUGAUAGUGUUAGUUAGUUUCUUCUUGUGUGCUUAUCUAUCGCUCAGUCAUGGUUAGUGACUUACUGAUUGCUGCUUCUUUGCGAUUCAUAGCUGGGCCAAUGAAUUUAUUGUGUUGAAAAAUGAGGGUGCUGCAGCGUUCUGCGAACUUCUCGGCUUGGUUGUCUAGUUCGUUCGCGGGUGGUGUCUCUGGUUCGUUGUGUCUUUUGUUUGUUGCGUAGGGGCCUUGUUCAGGGCGUAAGAAAGGGGCUGCCCGCGAGGGUAUGCUAGCUUAGUCUGAAUUCUGAAAAUUUGGUUAAGCAUAGAUCAUAGCUUCUGUCUCUUCGUGGUAGGUAGACUGCAACUAAGGGGCAGACAAUGAGUCUAGCUAACUAAGCAGCUGUGUAGUAGCUAGCUAGUUUGUGCUUGUAUGUACUGAACUAUUUAGUUUUUCAGAAAUAUCUCUCCUGCUUUUUACCAUUGCUCCAGGUCUAUCAUGGCGCGGAGGAGGAGAAAGUCUGAAGAUCAGAAGCGACUGGCGCUGGGGUCGCUUCGCGCCUUACUUAAAAAAGGAUCGGAUCUGCAAAAGCGUGCGAUUCAAUAUGUGCGAGGACUUUUAAACGCAGCAACGCAGGAAAGCCUGCUGCAGGGUCAUCUUGAUCAUCAGCCGACGGUUUACUACCAUGAAACAGAUGGCAAAGAACUGAGAGUCAGCAGGACGAUUGACAUUUUGGGUGAUGGAACAAUGAAAACGACAUUGCCCGACGCAAUGCAUGGCUACCCAAUUACACUACAGGCGUGGCAAACAACAAAAGCGCAGUCUGUAGAUGAAAUUGUUGCAGAUCGUGAGCUGGUGAGUAGCGCCUUGGUCUCAUUGACCGGGCAGCCGCGCCAAGGAGCACUUUCGCAGAUGCAUAGAAGAGUAGUUUCAUCUAGUCGCGGCGAUUAUGGUGGAGCAUCUUCUAGCUCUUCGACGUUCAGUAGUGGUGGUAGUGUGUCUUCAUCUGGAAAAUGGUACAAAAAGUUUGCGUAUCACUUCCCGAUUAUGUGGACUGACAUGAAAGGGCAAGGCGCAACUGCAGGAGCAGCUUUGAGAGGCAUCGUAAAGCUGAUUGGUAGUGCUUUAGGUCUUCUGCAAGUACCAGUCAAAUUUCCGAUCAUUUGGUAUACGAUUUAUGACGCGGGAGGGCCUAUGCGACGGCUAAACAAGUUGUGGAGAGGACUAUGGGCAAACAACGACAUGGUUCUGGAUUUGAAUAUGGACUGCUGUCAACAUCAGUUGAGCCUCUCUGGUAUAGAAGGAGCUGAAGCUUACUUAGCCGCGAGGGGCCUAUGGAAUGCAGAAGGCGACAGCAAAUCACGACACAAGGCUUUUGGGACCUUGAUUUACACCUUAACAACAACUCUGAAAAAGCGGUCUGCGGAGAUGUUAGGUGAGAUAGACGAAUGGGUAACAAUAACGAAACCAAGUAGUAGCGAGCAUCUUCAAACCUUGCAGCAGAGGCAUGACGAACUGCAUCACUUCUUUGCGUUUUUGGGCAUCGAUAUGUUCGACGAGGAAGACGUAGAAGGUCUUGGUCUGGUAUGGGUAGAUCAAAAGUAUUACGUCACAGGACCUGCGCGUUUGAGUAAGACCGACGAGGAGCUGCGCCGCAUGGUAGUCCGGGUACUCGCAAGGAUGGUCCGGCGGCGGAUUCAAAAGCCAGCAUUUAAUCGCUGGUUUACAGUAGAGUCCUGCCUGCAGGCGUUACUGGCGAUCGAUUGCUUGGGUCUCGCGGCUCUCUUCAAGGACGUAGUUCUACCACAUACAUCACAGGAAGGAGAAAUUUGGAGUGGAGAGCGUUGGGUCAAUGCGAGUAACUGGGGCAAAUGUUGGGCAGCAGCAAAAUUAUUUUCUCUUGAUAUUCUGCUGAUAACCUCUAUGCUACUUCCGACUGCCGCCAGAUUGUAUGCUGGACGUCCGUGGGAUGCCCUGUCGCAGCACAAAGACGCCGGGGAAGACUUUGGCUUGAUGCUCGAGAACUACCCCAUGUAUAUUAGAGUUUUAUUGCGGUGGAGUAGUAAUGCUGAAGUACAUGCUGGAUACGAGGUAGUAACUGGGGCGGUAGCGAGUCACCAAACAGGAUGGCGUCGGCUUCUGAAGGAAGUCGGAGGAUAUCCGCAUCUUCUGUUGGAGCAUGUACAGUCAAGAAGCAACUUCACGACGGCUUUGGCAAGAUUUGUAGCGUUGCCAGACGACGACCCUCUUCUGCAUGUGUGUAAUGGGAAUUUCAAUGCAAAGGUCAGAAAAUGGUUGCGGACGACGAAUGCUGCAGAACUCGAAGGAGCAUAUGAGUACUUGCGCCAGCUUUUGUUGCUGUGGAAAGAGACAGUGGUGCUGACAAUUACGGCACCGAGUGAAUUUAUCUCGAGUUAUACUCUUUCAUAAGUUGGAUAAGGGUGUGGGUGUGGCAAAAAGAAAUCUACUCUGUGGACAUCUUUAGGGCCAGGAGCUCCGUCCAACUUUUCAAAGUAUUACUUGGAUUGAAAAGCACUAUCUUCUAACCUCUGCAACCGAUCCGAGAAUGCGCAUAGUAUCACACAACGCAACUCACGAGCGCCAAAUCCACCCUCUUGUUCCACUUUAUGCGCAAGUUUUGGGGCCGAGACGCUGGAUCGCUUGGCAACACCAGCAGAAAAGGCUCCACGCUGCAAGGCUCUAAAAAACGUGGAAAUGAUGCGGGUGCAGGGAGUUUAUGCUGCGGAUCAAGUUCGGAAAGAGCGGGAGUCGCGUGAACUGAGGGGCGACGACCAUAUGACAGAAGGUCAACUUCAUUCGACUUUUUCAAGAGGGGUGAAGAAGUGGAAAACCCUUGCGUCAGCAGAAGAUGAGACUAGUAGAAACACCGCUGAGCAGUACAGGAAACUACUAUUGGACCGGAAGAUUGAAGGAGGGCGCUCGAAUCUUGAGAAGCUUGCUGAGUGGGAAGAGAAGCUCCGCGUGUACAUGGGCAAGGAAGAGGUUGUAACCAAACUACAGUUUCGCGGAGAAGCAAACACAAUCUUAGAAAAAGGGCCAUGCGCAUCUUUUUCAACUUGUCGACAGAUUCCUACAGUGCCGGCGCUACCAGUAGAACCGGAGCUAGUAGUUCCUGAUCUACGCGCGGAAUCCGGCUUGAUUCGUCUAGGGGAGAGCGUUUCAGGCGGGAUACAGAGUGGCAAGGCGUGUGAACUUGAGAAGCAAAUGGUCAAGAUCCAUCGACUAGGUCACAUUGAGUUCUACAACUGUACAAGCAUACAAGACAUCGAGACUAAGAUCUUCUGCGUCGCUGGAAGCCUUAAAGGCUCGGAGCCGACUGCGUGGCUGACUUGUUGUGAGGUGUUAUCCACGCCGUUGGAUGAGGAGGUUGUGGUGGAAGUACAAUUGAUGCAGCCACCGGUCAACCCUUGGAAAAUCGAAGCAAGCGGCGCAGCUGUCACAAAGUACGAAACAGUAGAGCAUAUUCAUGGGACUCUGCGGUUCUCUCUUCGUGACGCCGUUCCCAUUGCAGGCGCUGUUCCGCCGCCUCCACCGAGACAAGUCCGUGCUGCGGAAGAUAAGCCGAAAAAUCAGAAGAGGCAUAAGCCGUUUCCGCACGCUCCUAGUUCACCUCGUUUUGCGGAGACGCACACUGAAGACAAAGCUGGGCUUCGCCGGGCAAUGAUGGGCGUGAACCAGGCGAGAAGAGUUCGUGAAGAUUUGGAUUGGUUGUUUGGUGGUUUGGGUAAGCCAAACCAGGCAGAGGUGGUUGACAACAUAGCCGAUGAUGAAGAUUUGAAGAAGAUGAGUGAUAUUGCCUUCGAAGUUUUGGUGGAGCAGGCCAGAGUGCGUAAGCAAAAAAGAGAACAGCGCACCGUCGUGGGGCAACAGUAUUGACUAUUAUUGUUCAUAGAUAUUCACUGAGUUUUUCUACUUGUUUUUGUCAUUAAAACGCAAAUCUCAAAGUUCUUGUCGUCCCUUAUCUUACUCUUGUGGGGUAACAUUUCUAACUUGAAUCUUUUUUACAGGUCGCAAGCGCCAGAGGCUAGCGGAGCAGCAAACGCGGAUCCUAGUUCCACACUUAAAUCAGCGAAUCCAUUACGAGGAGCAACAGACGAAGAACGAGCUGCCCACCAGAAAAAAUUGGAACUAGCAAGACUAGAGUUGUUUGAAGCCGAUCGUGAUGCAGCAAUGGCGCUUCCACUGGGGUAUGGUUGCAAAUUAACCAGUUGGAUGGACGGCGUCAAGGUCACUCCUCCGGAAGAGCGUGAGGCGACUUUAAGAAGUCUGAAGAUGCGGCUAAGUCGUAAAUCAGCUCCUGCCCUUUAUGGCGAAAAAGGUGCGCGCAUGACAGGAGUGUGCUGGGCGCAGUGGGUGGAAAAGGUUUUAGAAAUGAAGCCAAUACUGAAGACGGACUAUUUUUCCAACGAGGACAGUGAUCCCAAAAUGUGUGAUGAUGCAGAGAAGUACGCUUGCAAGGUUCUCUCAAAGCAUGUUCGGCCGGCAAUAAAUGAGGCAAAAAAGCACUUUGAUAGAGAGCUGAAGGACGACCUUGAUAAGAGGGCUAAAGCAUAUGUGCAAGUAGAAUCGUAUCAGAAAGUUCCGAAUCAUCUCGUUUUCGUGGAUUUUUUUCUUACCAGAAACGUGGAGAAUGUAGAAGGAGUAGACGACUCAUCCGACAGCGAUUAGACUCACUGACUUAUAUGAAGAUUUGAAAAAACUCGAGCAAAUGAAUACCAGAAGCACAUACAACAACUCGCGCUCGCAUGUAGUGGCAUCGAUUUCGAAG